AUGAUACAGCCAGUACUUCUACUCCUGCUAUUGGGUAAGAGAUCAGAUGGGAUCAAUAUUCCUCUCUUGGUAUUAUAAACCAACCUGCUAUGCCUGUUAUCUAGUUGACCAUGUAUUCAAAGUAGUUGGGUAGUGGUUCAGAACCUGUAAACAUCCAGUUUCACACAAUGAGUCUCAGUUUAACCAACAUUUAACAUACAAUCUACAGAAAUCUCUCCUAUAGUGGACACAGUUAUAUUUUAGUACAGUGAUUAUGAAGUUGAUAUACAAGUCUUAGGUUGGUGUUGGUGUCACAAUCUGAACAGAAAAAUAGAUUGACCAUCCCAAAAAUAACAUAUUUCUGAUGUGACAUUUAUCCCCACAGCAGCCAUGUCCUCACCAGUGUUUGGGACUGAGAUAUCAGUACUGGAGGGAACCUCUGUGACCCUUGUCUGUAGAUACCUUGGGGCUAAAAAGCUUGACACAUGCUGGAGCAGAGCAAGUGGAACCUUUCAGUGUACUGAUCCCAUAAAGGAAGAGCAAUCCAAAUAUAAAGUUAAUGCUGGAGAUGGAACAGUAAACCUCACCAUUUUAAACCUAAAGCCUGCAGACAGUGGGAGCUACUGCUGGUUAAAUGAUCUUAAACAAAUCUACAGCCUGAGGGUAGUCAAAGGUAAGUGUUGCUCACUUCAUACUACAGGUUAUCAAUGGGUUUUGCUCAGUGCAGGUGUCACCUUACAGUAGGAAGGAACAUGAAGGUUCAAAGUUUUCUUCUCCAUGUAUGAAUGUUGUAUUUCUGUACUACUAUUGUGUUUCAGUGUGUUCUCUAACUAAGUAUGUACUGCUUGUAAUGUCCUCUUGCUGCCUAGAUGUGCUUUAUCCUGCCCCAUUCUGAUGGUCUGUAUGGUGAAAUACAGUAUGUCUUGGUUACAGGUUGUGAGAGGGACCUACUGGAUGGAGUGGAUUUUCUGGGGAACAAUGUUGAGAAUCAGCAAUAUACAACCAAUAAUGCAAGUCAGUGCAGGCAGGAAUGCACCAACAAUGACAAGUGCCAGUACUUCACAUUUGUUGGCAAAAAGGCAGAAAUAAUAGAACACAGGUACAUGCAAAAAAAUAUAUGCUUGUGCAAAUAAAGGCAGCAAUAGAUGUUUUAGAUCAGCACCAUUCUGAUAACUACUACCACAUUCUUUGUGAUAUUUAUCCCACAGCAACAACUGUUUCCUGAAGGCCUCAACUGGUGAUACACCCAAAAUUACAAUACAAUACCUCCAACAUGCAACCUCAGGCUACUCUCUGAGAAACUGCAGUGGUAAAGGUGAGUACAUACAGUUAAUGUAUAUGUGAGUCAUCAUUUAUUUUGGCCAUUGAAUAUCUAGUCAAUAUCUAAUGAUCAGAGAGGUAGACUUUAUUAAUAGGCCCUAUUAAACAGGAUAGCAUAGACAUGGAUAUCAAACUGUCAUGUUGUGUGUCUGUUUAUUCCAUUAUCUCUGUUGAAGGUGUAAGUUAUCGAAUAUCAUCAAGCAUCAGAGCUCUUUAAACAGAGCCUUUACAGACCAAUGAUGUGUGAAGUUCAUAUUCUGUAGUCUAUAGAAUACUAUACAGUACUAUCACUACUAUGUAUUCACUUUUAGUCAUUGAUGCACAGGACACGUCCAUAUUCAUCAAACAAAUUGGUUGGAGGUUGGAACAAGUUUGCGAAUGUAUCAAUUUGCCACUGUCACAUGCUCUAUAUUACUCUGCUGUCAAACAGAAUGUGUUGCCUAUAUUUUAGAAUAGAUAGUGGAAGCUAAAGAUGGUCAUGUUCGCCACUCAACACAACAAGCAGUCUGAUAAGCAUUUUCCUCUGUAUUUCAAACAGUCACCUACUCAGCCCAAAAGUACAGCCUUGUCCCUGAGAUGAAAAACUGGACCGAAGCACAAGAGUACUGCAGACAGCGCUUUACAAACCUGUCCAUCAUACAAACAGAAGAGGAUUGGAGGGCAAUUAAAUCCACUUUGGGUAAUUUCAAUGGUGAUGUGUGGAUUGGGCUCCAUAGAGAGAAGCCUGAUCCAAAUGAAAAGUGGAAGUGGUCUGACGGAGAGGACUUCAUGUUCUUCAACUGGAGAAUUGGCUUUGGUGACCACACCAAGGGUCAUGACUGUGUCUUGUCUAUUUCAUCUCACUGGGAACCAGUGCCGUGUGAAUCUCCAAGACAGUAUAUGUGUCAACGAGGUAAGGACUCACUCACUCACUUUCUUUCAUCAAUGGAAAAUCCAACUGUAAUACUGUAUUCUUCAUCUAAUCAGAUCUCAAAGCACUUUAUAAUUUAGGUUAUCACCUGUAACUUCCAAGUUUAUUUCUUAUUGUGCGAAGUCAUUAACUGUCUCAUGAAAUCUGAUGUGUCAGUUUUCAUCUUCCCUCCUAUAAGUUCAUCAUGGUAAUGGAACAACAGAGAAGGUCUAUGAGCUGAUGACUGGGCCAAAGGACCAGAAGGAUGCUGUGACAGACUGCAGGACAAUACAAGGCAGAGAACUGGCGAGUAUCUGUAACCAGAAAGAACAGGAAGCCUUUGAUGAGGUGGCUAAGCAGGAACAAAUCUGGAUUGGACUAAAGAAUGAGAACAACACAUGGAAUUGGUCCAGUGGUGAACCAUUUCAGGAAUGGGACAAUUCCAUGGGAGGUGGAAACUGUGUAAAGCUGAACUCAGAAAAUGACAGAAAAUGGCAACGAGAAAAUUGUUCUACUCAAAAAGCUUUCCUGUGCUAUGGGGGUAAGUUGAACCCUGUGAGAAUGUUAUCAAACUAGUGUUGACAGUCAGUCAUCAUCUAUGACAACGUUGUGUUGAAUCUACACAAAGAAACUCCAAGUUUUAAAAUGAGGAAAUCUUUUAUAUAAGUACUUUGUUUUUGUUUCAUUGAUCAACAUGAUAGGGAAACAGGCACUUAUAUAUGUGUAUUCUACUUCAUUCUGACCCAGCAUGAACGUCCUCUUUAACACCACUGGGGGAUUUGGUCCACUCCUGCUACCACCCAUGAAAACCAAACCCCUGCUUCAACUGGACCUCCCUCUAGCAAGAAGUCCACCACAUGGACCUACCACUACUAAUCACGACAGCUCCACCACCAACAGCCACGCUACCACUACUAAUGAAGGGCCCACCACCACACCACCUACCGACUACUUAUGGACAGUCCACCACCACAAUCAAACCAACCACCUACUACCACUACUAAUUGACAGUCCACCACACGCGCGAUCACCACCGACCCAUUACUAACUGGACAGUCCACCACCUCACCACCUACCCAUUACUAAUGGACAGGCCACCACCUCAACCACCUACCACAUACUAAUGGACAGUCCCACCCACCUCAUCACCACCUACCACUCACAAUUGGACAGUCCACCACGUCAUCACCUAACCACCUACCUAUGGACAGUUCACCACCCAUCACCUCACCACCGUAACCACUACUAAUGUACAGUUCACCACCUCACCCACCUACCACUACCUAAUUGGACAGUUCACCACCCUCACCCCCUACCACUACAAUUUGGACGCCCCCCACCUCCCACCUACCCCAAAUAAAUGGCGUCCCCACUUCACCACCGACCCCAAAUGGGCAUAAAAAACCACUUUACCACCUACCCCCUAAAUGGCAUCCCCCCCCUCACCACUACCACUUUAAUGGGGCAUCCACCCCCCCUCACCCCUACCACUACUAAUACAUCCCCCACUUCACCCCUCCAUAUAAAGGGCAGUCCACCCUUCACCACCCCCACUCAAUGGGGGCAGUCCCCCCACUUCACCCCCACCUACUAAUGGACAUCCAACCCCCCCCCUCACCCCCUACCCUACUAAUGGGGCGUCCCCCACUUCACCACCUACCCCUACUAAAGGGCAGUCCACCACCUCACCCCCCUACCCCUACUAUGGACCCACCACCUCAAACCCCCAAACCCCCCUUCCAGUGGACAACUGCCUCUCAGGUCCCACCUCCCCGCAAACCCCCCUUCCCCCAGCUUUUACCCCCCGGACAAAAUGGAGCCCUUCUUCCCGCACAAAAGGGAAAAAUGACAAUUUUGGGGCUUUUUCAGUGACCUGUGUAUGUUAUUUUGGAUUUGGCCGUUUUCUUUUCAAAUUUUUUUGUUUUUCCAAUUCCCGCCACCCAAAGUCCAAGUGAAAUGUUUGGGGUUCCCUUUUCUUCCAACCGGGGCCCUGGGGAUUAGGACCCCCUUUCCCCGUGGGGUGCCAUUUUUUUGGGGGGGGUUGAUUGGUUGGGGCGUCCCCCUUUGGGGAACCCCCCGUUUUUGGACCCGUAUGUUUAAGGGGUCAAGAGGGAUGUUUUAAUCCAAACCACUUUGGAAAAUGGUUCCGGUUGGGGUAAUAAAAAUGGGCACUUCCCACAGGAAAACCUUCACGUGAAGUCCGGGCCCAAAUUUUUUGCUCCCAAGGUUUUUUGGGGGGGUGGAAAAUUUAAAAUUUCGUCAAAUUUUAAUGGACGCGGCUGGGAAAGAGUUUUUUUUUAUUAAUGUCAGUUUUCAAGUAAACAGCGCCUUUUUCCCCUUUUAAAAUUCAACCCCCAAAUUAAAAUCCCGUUGGUAAAACGAUGCUUUAUCCCUUUAAAAAUCCCUCUUUUUAAAGUCUGCCACUUACUAUUAGUUUUUAAAAAAUGGGGUGGCAUUAAAAAUCCGUUUCCAAAACCUGAAAAGAGGUUUAACAAUUUAAGAACUUCCUUUCCCCACCUUUUGGCCAACCCUAUUUCCCAAGAACUUAUCAUGGUCUGGAAAAUACUUUUUUAUUUAUUAAUUCCCCAAUCCCAAUUAAUUUUACUCUUUAAAUAUUCAUCUCUUUACCUUUUUUAUCCUUCCCCCUUUACCUAAAAAGGAUUUCAUUUUUACCCUUAAUUUUUGUUUUUAAUUAAAAAAAAUAAUAAAAAAAGGUAAAUAAAUUAUUCAAAAGUGUUUUUAUCCCUUUUUAAAUUUUAUUUUAAAAGAUUUAGGAAAGUUUUUGUUUUUUUAAAUUUUGCGAAAAAAACCCUUUUUUUGACGGGGAAUUUUUUUUUCAUGGGCUUUUGGGAAAUCAAAACAUUAAAAUUUCUUUCAACCUAAUUUUUUAUAUUAAGUAUGUCAUUAAACCUUUAUGAAAAUUUUUACUCCUCUAAAGGCGACAUGAACUGGCUAAAAAUACUUUUUCCAAUACGCAUUAAUUUAAGGGGGGGGGUUUUUUGAACUUAAAUUUACCAAUUACGGGGUUAUUUAAAAAUUUUAAAAUAAAUAAAAUUUUUUAUGAAAAUGUUUUUUAACUCCUUGGUGCCUUUAAACCCCCAGUAAAUGUAAAAUUUUAUGUUUUUGGUAAAAAUAAUCCCCCCAUUUUUUUGGGUUUCCCUGAAAAACACCCCAAAUUGGAGGGUUUUUUGAACAGUGGGAAUAAAACCCCAUAGAAAGCAUUAAAAAUGAUAAAAGCAAAAAAAAUUUAUUAUCUAACAAAUUUUAUUUAAAAUGGUCAAAAGGUUCUAAAGGCGACUUUUUUUGAAAGGUUUGCACACAUCUCAGGAGGGAUUUUGUCCCCACUCCUCUUUGCAGAUCUUCCCAAGUCAUUAAUGUUCGAGCCUGACGUUUGGCAACUCGAACCUCAGCUCCCUCCACAUAUUUUCUAUGGGAUUAAGGUCUGGAGACUGGCUAGCCACUCCAGGACCUUAAUGUGCUUCUUCUUGAGCCACUCCUUUGUUGCCUUGGCCGUGUGUUUUGGUCAUUGUCAUGCUGGGAAUAUCCAUCCAUGACCAUUUUUCAAUGCCCUGGCCUGAGGGAAGGAGGUUCUAACCCAAGAUUUGACAGUACAUGGCCCCGUCCAUCUCCCUUUGAUGGAGUGAAGUUGUCCUGUCCCCUUACAGAAAAACACCCCCAAAGCAUGUGGGCCCAGUGGCAAUAAAUUAAUAAAACCAAAAACUUGGAAGAGUUCCAGUGUUGUGUUGGAUAGUCAUAGCCAGCUAGCUAACAUAGCAUCCCUCUGUUUGAGCAUGGUGUUUGAGUAAUUAAACUAGCCAGCUGCAUUUGUUAGCUAAGUAAGUGAAACUGAAAGUGACACAAAAAAAGACGAAAUCUCUCUCUCUCUCGCUCUUGCUUCUCCUUCAUUUUUGAAGAAAUGUAUUUGUUGAAGACUGUUAAACUAUUGUCUAUCUCUCUCUUUGAGUGAACUACUCACCACAUUUUAUGCACUGCAGUGCUAGCUAGCUGUAGCUUAUGCUUUCAGUACUAGAUUCAUUCUCUGAUACUUUGAUUUUGUGGACAACAUGUCAGCUCAUACUGCAAGAGCUCCGCUAGGUUGGAGGACGUCCUCCGGAAGUUGUCAUAAUUAUUGUGUGAGUCUAUGGAAGGGGGUGAGAACCAACAGCCUCCUAGGUUUUGUAUUGAAGUCAAUGUACCAAGAGGAGGACAGAAGCUAGCUGUCCUCCGGCUACACCAUUGUGCUACCCUACAGAGUGCUGUUGAGGCUACUGUAGAUCUUCAUUGCAAAACAGUGUUUUAAUUAAUUAUUUGGUGACGUGAAUAUAUUUAGUAUAGUUUUAUCUAAAAGGGAAAACUUUUUCAAUGUUUUACCAUUUAAAAAAAUAUAUGAAAUUCACUGAGGAGGAUGGUCCCCCCCUUCCUCCUCUGAGGAGCCCACUGUUAUAUAUUAUAUCCUUAAUGCUUUAGUGUAAAUCAAUCUAAUAUUGUAAUAUUGAGCACACACAAUCAGCCUCAACUGGGUGGUAGUAACUGUUGCUCUCUGACCCUUAAGGGCCAUUGACAGACUGAACACGCCUCUCUGGACAAUAGAGACUGCUCUCUGAAGAGAUCGUUCCUUUGCACUGGAAGUAAGACUAUCAUCUUUUUUUAUUUCACGUAUAUAUUUUUAAUAAACAGAUAGAAAGAGAGGAUGACAGUAGGAAAAGAUACACAGAGGUUUCAUCAAAGGGCAUUAGGCCAGAUUCAAACCUACGCUGACACCAUAGAAAUGUGUUCCAGAGGCUGUGGCAUUACCGCUAGACCAGCCAGGCCACAAGACUAUCAUCUUAUUGGCGUUAUUGGGGUUUAUAUCUGUAAGACAGGUGCAAGGGGUAGCAUUUUAGCCCCAAUAGGGUCCCACUUUAACAAGCAGUGUCAGAUGUCGGACACAGAAAUGCUUCAUGUUGUCUACACCACUGUCAAAUAUAUGUGCUCAUGUGGUUUCUAAUAUCAGAUAAUAUUUCCAUAAUGUUGAAUAUAGAACACAGAGGCUAGCUACUACACACAUCCAAAGUAAUUUAUAGCCUUUAAAUGGAAGUGAAAGAAAAGUUUAAAUAAGCUGAAUUUCAUUUGAGUGGGUGCUACCAUUCAUAUGUCCCUCUAGAAAAUAGAUUCAAGCAGACCAUUGUCAGGAUGUCUCUGAAAUCUAACUCAGGAGCUGACCUCAAUGACCCAGUGGUAAAGGAACAUAUGUUGGAGCAG